AUGGAGAACCCCGACGGCCACGCAGAAGCUGACGUGGGGGAAGGUCUGGGCAGCGACCUCCUCGACGAUGCCUACGACACCGGCACCGGCGCAACCACCUCGCGCGCCUGCGCGGCCGGUAUUCUUCCCCGGCCGUUUCCCGAGCCACCACGCACCUCCUCCCCUGCCGCUCCGCCGCCAUGCCGGGACGGCGUACUGGGCCUUCCUGGACGCCGAGGACCGGCGGGUCAAUGCCGCCGCCCACUCCGGCCUCCACCACACCAGCCCGAACCAUUGCUCGUGGGCGCGCGGGGAUGGAGAACCCCGACGGCCACGCAGAAGCUGACGUGGGGGCAGCAGUCGUAUGAGUAUGUGGAAGAGGCUAGGUUACGGGAUGUUGUCACCUUGGAUUGCUUAGACGUCGAUGCUUGGACCGCACUUAUUGAAGAGACGGAGAGGAUUGCUGAGAGCGAGAUAUUAAAAAUACGGAAAGUGUAUGAUGCAUUCCGUGUGGAGUUCCCUCUGUGCUUUGGCUAUUGGAAGAAAUAUGCAGAUCAUGAAGGCCGUCUAGAUGGUGUCAAUAAAGUUUUUGAGGUGUAUGAACAGGCAUUUCUUGCAGUUACUUAUUCAGUGGACAUAUGGUGUAAUUAUUGUCAGUUUGCGAUCUCAACAUACAAUGACCCAGAUGUCAUCAGAAGACUGUUUAAUCGGGGUUUAGCAUAUGUUGGAACAGAUUAUGGUUCCAAUACUUUGUGGGAUGAGUACAUCAAGAAUGAAGAAUCACUUCAAGCAUGGAGUCAUCUAGCUGUGGUAUACACAAGAAUACUAGAGCACCCUAUAAAACAGCUUGAUCGGUACUUUAAUUGUGUGCAGGCAUCCCAAAAUUUCGCUCCAGAUGACUCUUUUAUUCCACUGAAAAACACUCGCUCUAAACAACAUCACCAUGAAAUUAUUUGAUCUGGCAAGUGUUGUGUGUUGCGUCGGCUUUGAUUCAGUUGCAAUCGAGUUUGUGUUGUUAUCGCGGAAGAAUAUUGUUCUCACUUAUGGUGACUAUAUUAUUGAAAUUAUGAUCAAUGACUAGCAAUUUAUGCUAACUGACUGCUUACUUUGGGGAGUGUGUAUGACUGUCAUUUUUUAU